UCUCUGUUCGAAGCCAUCUUAAACGUUCGCAUUUUUUGUUCGUUCCUCCGUUUUUUCUUUCAAAUCGAUUCAGAAUGGCAAUUGUUUCCAUCAAAAUUAUUAAAAAAAGAAAUUGUCAUCUUAUGUGAUGUGUGUAUACAUUAGUUGUGUAGAAUAUGUGUAACGUAAUCAAAUGUUUAACAGUUAAAAUAAUAUCUAAAAUUCAUCAGCAAAAUAACGAUAUGACCAAAACAUUCAUGUAACCGGCAUACAACUGUCGAUGGAAAGAAGGAAAAAAAAACCAACAAUUAUGUGUGAUAUGAUGAUCAAAAAGAAAAAUAAUGAAAUGAUCUGUGGUGGUGUGAGUGUUUUGUAAUAUUUUAAGAUGCAUUCCGUGCAUCGUAACAGACAACAUUUUAAUAAAAAGUGCUAAACCAGAUGCAUUUUUACUUUUUUUUCCGUCAUGUGAAAGAAAGGCAGCCAUUUUGACUAUUCUUUUGGUCAUUUAGGAUUCAGAUGAAUAGCGAAUGGGAUAUAUAAUUAUCGUUUGGAGAUUAUAAUGGAUUGAUAAAAUUCGAUUUGAAUUGAGUAAUUCAACACUGUAUUAUUGGAGUCUUAUCAGCAAGGUGUUACUAAAUAACCAUCACAACAAUCACGAUUAAAUUUUUCCAUACGUGACACUGAAAUUAAUCUUAAUUCUAUUGAUACGCGUACGUUUUUACUUAAUUCGUAUUGUGAGAGUGCUACUGAACUUAAUUAGAAAAUAUAUUACAUAAUCAAAUUAUGUUACUUAAACAACUAUAACUAUUGCCAUUUACUACAAACAAAACAAAAUUUCUAUCAAUUUAUCUAUGCUUCGGUGUUCAUGAUAAAGUAAAUAACGAUAAGCUUUUAAGUGUUAAUUCCUACAUUGAGUGUAAUAGCACAAUAUGUGUUAGAGUGAAAAAAAAUUUGGAAUUAUUUUUUUUUUCUCGUGAACAAAUUUCAUCAAUGGAGGUACAUAAUACAACAAUUUGUGAAACAUAAACCAAGCGUUGUGUGAUUGCAACCAGUUUUCGGAACAAUUCGGAUUACCAAAAUAUGGAUAAAGAGAAUGGCGACAAUAAUGAGAAAGGGAAAGGAGGAGGUCAUUCCGGUGGAGGAAGUGGACAGGAUCCAAGUUCACUUCUUGAUGCAGCUUCCUUAUUCGCCUAUUGGGGACGUGACCCGACUGCAGCUCAAGCAGCAGCCGCUGCAUCCAGUCAAUUAUUCGGUUCUCCAUUUGGAGCCGCUGCAGCUGGACUGGGACUACUACCAGGAUCUGGUGGAUCGAGUAAUGAUCGAUAUUCGAUGAACAAUCAUCAACAUCAUCAAAACACAAUGGCUGUAGCGGCAUCACAGGCAGCCAGUCUUGCUGGACUCCAUCCUGCAAGUUGGUGGUCUAUGGCACAAUUAGCUGCUCAGGAUUAUUUCGCCCGAUUGCAAGCGUCAGGCCUAUCACCAUUUCAACAUCCCGAAUUAGCUGCAUUUCCUGGAAUGGGAAUGGGAGGUAAUGUCGGUGGUUCAUCAUCCGGCACCGGUAGACAAGGUGCCGGCGAAGGAAAAAGUAGCACAAAAGGUCGUAAGGAGAAAAAGUCCAACAACAGUAACAAUUCAAUGGGUGGAUCGAGUGGAAAUGCAUCGACUACGGUAACAUCAUCGGCAGGCACUUCAUCCGCAUACAAGCAAUCAUCGUCACAAUCCUACAAAUCGGCUGCCAAUCAAUACAGUCCGGCUACGUUGCACAAAGAACUGCUAGCUAUGCAGGCAGCUGCUGCUGCGUCUGGUUCCGGACAUAGCUCGUCCAGAAAAUCCAGUCAAUCAAGCCAUAAGCAGCAUCAAUCGUCUGCACAUCAUACAUCAUCCUCCGGACAUGGUUCAAUGGGAAAUCAUUCGUCUGGGCGUGAUAGUCAUCAUGGUUCGAAUAGUGGAAAAGAGUCUUCAUCGAAAAAUAGCAGUAGUGCAUUGGCAACGAGCUUGGCAUCGUCCAACGCAACAUUGACAAUGAACGCUCUUAACUCCUUAUCGCAAUUCGGUAACUUGGGAUCGUUAUCAUCCCAACACAGUAUGCAAGCCGCGAUGAACGCACUGGCAGGAAAUAGUUCGUCGAAAUCCUCAAAGGAUUAUAUACCAUCAGGCAUUUUAAGUGCUGCCUUGGAGAGGAACGAUCCAUCGUCAUUGUUAGGCGUCCGCUUACCACCCGACACCGAAAUCAUCAAAUAUACAUCAUCCAUAGUUGGCCCAAAAAUACCAGGUACAACAAAUCGUGGUCGUAAGAAAACAAUAUCACUAGAUUCAAAUCCAUUAUUAGCUGGCAUACCUGGUUUGACAGCAGGAACUGGUGUGAGUCCGGCCAAACGAGCUCGGCUCGAAGCCGAAUAUGGUAAUAUGGUACAAAGUGCUCAUCAAAGCGAUCGCGAUCGCGUUGAAGUGAUCAAAUUGCCAUCCACGAUUAAUUCAAACGGAGCGUACAAUUUAUCUAAGUCAAAUGCGCAAGCCAAGGACACCAGUUUCGAUUCGUCGAACGAAUGGGCGACGGGCUUAAAUUUAAGUGGUAAAGCAUCGACCACAUCUAGUACAGAUGACGGUGAUGCUCCACUGAACUUGUGCAUGAAAUCGGACGGUAAAAGUGGUGAUGCUGGAACUGGCACUACUGGCAGCAAUAGUUUACAGAGCUUGAGUCACAUAACGGCUGCCUUGGGCUCGGGGAGCGGAAAUGAUCGAAUGUUGCAUUACAAGGAAGGUCGUCCUCGUAAUUUGGGGCGUGGCGUAUCUAAGCCGAAAAAGAAUACCGUUGCCUCAUUGCUGGCUCAAAGCAGAGCUGUUGGUCUGAAACCAAUGUUAAAUACUCAGCAGCUGUUGAGCCAAGGUGCCGAUUUGGAAAAAAUUCGCCAAGCAAUUGCCGAAGCUCAUUUGGCUAUGGAAGUGUCAACCGAUUCCGAAAGUUUGGCCGAUGCUAGUGGCAUGUCGGAUUCAGAAGGCGAAGAAAUGGUAAACUUGGCUGAAUUGCGAGCACCGUUAGACAAGGGAUGGAAACGCGAAACAAUUAUCCGCGGUCUAACAAAGAACAUGCAAAUUCGAGGUGACGUUUGUUAUUAUGCGCCUGGAAGCCAAAUGAAAUUGAAGCACAUUGGUCAGAUUCAAACGAUCCUUGAACAGCAGUCAUCCAAUUUCACCACCGACAAUUUCAGUUUCUCCGCUCGACCAAUUAUUGGUUCCUUUUUACAACCAUACAGCAGUGCAACAGACGCCGAAUGCAUUCGUAUGACCGAUUCGGAAGUAGCUAAACGUUUGGAGGAGUUGAAACUAUACACCAAACAGUCGUUGAAUGUUGAGCAACGAAUUGAAAUCGCUCGACAGCAACAGGCUUUGCGUGAUGCCAAGAAAAUGGCCAAGGAUGACAUGAGCCGAACUAAAGAAAAGCCCGUAUCUUAUCAGAGAGGCAAACAAAAUCGAGAUGUUGAAAAGGUCGAGAGAUUGGAGGCACAACGAAAGGAGCGCGAAUUGAAGAACCAACAAGCUCUUGAGGCUCGUCGCAAGCGUCAGGAAGAGAUCGAAAGACUUAAGCAAGAAGAAGCAUUGCGAAAGCAACAGGAGAGAGAAAGAAAAAGACAGGAGGCUCUUUUGCAGAAGGAACAGGAUCUCAACAAGCAAAAGGAGUUACUCUACACCGUUGAAUUGGAGCGAGAACGUCGCCGUCAACAUAUGACUUUGAUUCGUCAGCUGGAAAAUCGUCGAAAAUAUGAGGAACGAGAGAGGAAGAAGCAUCAGAUGGUUCUCGACAAACUCAUCAGCCGUGAAAAGAAAUUAAUGGUCAAGAAGCGGGAUGCUGAAAUUUUAGCUGAACUACGAAAACCCCAAGAAGACUCAGAAAUUCCAAAUCAGAAAGAUUUGCCUGAACUUCAGCGAUUGCCUGGAUUGAAACUAACCGGCCAAGCAUUGUCAGAUCUACUAAUGGUUUUUGAGUUCCUCCAUAACUUCGGUGAAACGUUAGGUUUCGACAUGGAUUCGCUUCCAACCCUUCAAAGUCUUCAUCAAGCCCUGUGCUCCGAUGGUACGGCAACCGACGCAGAAGAUGAAUUAAUUUCCGUCAUGACACAUCUCUUAGUAUGUGCGAUUGAAGAUCCAGGCAUACCCAAUCCAAAUCGACACACAACUCUGCUUGGCCAGUCAUUACGAACAGCUGAUAUAACCAAUUCCAACAUAUCGGAAAUUCUACGCAUUUAUUUGUAUGCAGUCGCCACUGGUGAAGUACGUCAGACCAGUGGUCUGACGUUCGAUCGGGAUCGGGAACGUCGUGUUGCUGAUCACCAUUCAACGGAACAGUUUGACAUCUCCACCAGCAAGAAUCAACAAUAUUACGAACAGCUGCAUGAGAAUACCACUUGGAAGUUAUCCGAAUGUUUGAAGGAAAAUCCAUUCGUCUCGUUGAAUUCGACAGUCAAAUCGCAGAUUUUGGCCCAUUUGUGCAAUGAUUUGCUGUUGAACAAAGCAGUUUCUAAACAGAUCGAGGGUAGCUUGGAAUCGAUGGCUCAAUAUAAGCGUGAAAAAUAUCUUCUAGACAAUCGAAUCCGCAAGUACAAGCAUUUGCAUACGAGGAAGAUUCGCAUGGAACAGUUUGAAAAGCAACAAAUGCUAGCCAAACAAUCCGAAUCGAUUCCGAAAGACGGGUUUGUUGAACCGACACGCCAGGGUCCGGUCGGCGAUAAUUUGGUAAACGAGAACAACAACGAAACGCCAGACAAAUUGAACGAAUCUGUGUCAAACUCCAAUUUGAUCAGGACAGCGUCUAAUUUAACGAAUGCUUCCAGCAUUGACAAUUUGACAGAUGUAUCUGAUUUGGCAAACCACAAAGAUGAUUCUUUGCACAGCACCGACGUAGCUUUGACUAAGAAUGGUGAUGAAAUGAGUCCAGUUAAGUCGGUUGAUGACAUCAAGGCGAAUAAGUCAUUGGACGAUUUUUCAUUAAUUGACACUCCACGAUCGUUGAACAACGGAACCAGUACACCAGAUAUGAAUAGCUUGUUGAACAAGAAAAUUAUCAAUCGCGAAUUGAACGAUGUCUCAUCGACUGCUGACUUGAAUUUAGAUGAAGAUCUGAGCGAUUUAGAGAGUGAAGGAACAAUCCUUGAAGAAGAUGAAGACAAUCGAAUGACCGCUGAGGAAGUGUUGAAGAAGCUGGAGAAAAUUAUGAAGGCUGGCCAGCAGAACAAAAUGCUGUUGGAACAAAGUUGUAAUCAAUUGAGAGCAACGUGCUACGGUCAAGACCGAUUCUGGCGUCGAUAUUGGUAUUUACCGAAAGCAGGUGGUAUAUUCGUUGAAGGACUAGAAUCAGCUCAGCCAGAUAUAUUGAAAUACCAUAGCUUGGACGACGAAGUGUUGUCAACAUCUAGUCAUUCAGUGUCAGUACCAGUCGGUGAAAACACCGAAAAGAAAAAGCGUGGAAGAAAGCGAAAACAUCAAACCGAUGAAGAGGAGUCGAGUAGCAAAAAUGUUACCGAGGAUGCCCAACGUGUCAACAACGAAACUAAGCCAACGAAUGAAGUGAAACCAGUGACUGAAUUGAAACCCGGUGAUGAAGUAAAGGCAACAAAUGAUAUUAAGCCCACAAGUGAUAUGCAUCAAAAUGACGACGGAAUGAUGGACAUCGAAGACUCUAUUCCACGUGCAAUACUCGUACAGAAAGCCUGUACAAUAGACGAUGUAGAAAUGAACAGCAAAAUUAGUGGUGUCAGUUCUUCGGUUGUGGAUCAUGUCUCCCAAACGGCAACCAAUUCGACUUCUAAUCCGAUUUGCAACCAAGAAGAGGGUAGUAGUAAUAGUGGUGCUUCGUCGGACGUGGUUGUGGUCGCUGACGAUACUCAGAUUGCCAAGCUCGAAAAUGGAGCAGUGAAAGAGGAACCAGCAACAGAAACAGAUGCGAAUCCUGAUCCGUCAAAAGCUGGAUCCGAAGUAGCCGUAAAACAGGAAAUAAAAGAUGAAAUCAAAAAUGAAGGUGACGAUGACACAGAUGGAGUAGUAAAGUCAGAAACGUUAAUGGAGAAGUGGUUCUCAAUUGCAAAUCGAGAACUGCAACUCACAUCAACGGAAUGCACUCCGACGAUGGCAUGUCAAGCCUCAUUCUCAAAUGUAACAUGUGAUAAUACAAUUCAAUACCAAGGAAACCGAUGGGAAAUUGGCAACAAUGCUCAGUACUUUAAUGUACCGGUUGAAGGUUUGACUUCAACUCUAACAUUCAAUCGUGAUUCAUUUUUGACGCUUUCUGGCUUAGACGAAGACAUGAUGAGUCAAGCCCUGAAUUCUACGUUGAAACCGAAGGACGAUACUCUCCAAGAUGUGACGAUGGUGGAUGACGAAAUUGCAAAAUCAACGAUCAAUAAAAUUGAUGUCAAACAAGAGGAAAUGCUCGUACCAUUCAAUUUGCCGUCAUUCAUAAAUAUGUCCCUGGGCAACAUAAGUGCCUACAUUCAAUGUGAUAAUCCUAGUCCCCUUCAAAUGACUCCCGACGAACAAAAACUAUUGGAGGAAGUCAAAAUAAACGGCUUACCGAAGCGUUUGGAACGCAAUUUGGUGCCAAAGGAUCUACGAUAUGGAUGGUGGAAAAUUGAUGAUAUCGAGGUGAUCAAAGAAAUGAUUCAAUGUUUGCACGUCCGUGGAGUUCGUGAACGAGAAUUGCGUCAGCAUUUACUAACAGCGUUGUCCGAAAAUUUGGAUCUGACGACCCAAUGUCAUGUGGCUCAUGUACGCGCACCUCCUCCAUCAAAAGGAUACAUCGAUCCUGAGCCGAUGAACGCAUGGAAUCCUCAAAUUGCCAGACGCGUCGAAUUGAAUCUGUUGGAUCAGGUGGAAACGCUUGAAGAUAAGAUUGCUAGCGCUUCGAUGCAAAUGAAAGGAUGGCAAGUGCCAAACAAAGACGAUGUGGAGAAUGGAAUGGAUAUGAUUGGUGGAAUUUCGUUGAUUCGGGAGAGAAUACUCGGAUUGGAGGCAGCCAUUGAGCGCAGAUACUUGAAACCUCCACUAGGCACCAGGUACACGGCUGACGCUCAUAUUGCCGCAAUCGCAACUCAAAACCAGAAUCAGGCAAAUCCACCAACAUCAACAUCUCAGGCCGCAUCCUCAUCAACAACACCAACUUCAUCCUCUGCAACAAGCGCAACAACGAAUUCCGAUCAGCAAGCCAAUGAUACUGAUCAAGAUAUGGAUCGGGAGGAAUCGCCCGAGCCGGAAGUCCUACCGAAAGCUCUUCAAUCAUGGCGUGAAGCUGUAGCGCGAUCUCAUACAACUUCGCAAUUGGCAAUGGCCUUGUAUGUUCUUGAAUCAUGCGUUGCAUGGGAUAAGAGCAUCAUGAAAGCACCCACUCAAAAUGGGUCUAACACACAACGUUCCUUACAGAAUUGCCAAUUUUGUUCAUCCGGCGAAAAUGAGGACAAACUACUUCUGUGUGACGGCUGUGACAAAGGCUACCAUACGUACUGCUUCAAACCUAAAAUGGUGAACAUACCGGAAGGCGAUUGGUAUUGUUACGAGUGUGUUAACAAAGCGACUGGUGAUCGUAAAUGUAUCGUUUGCGGUGGUCAUCGACAACAGCCUGUCGGAAAAAUGAUUUAUUGUGAAAUUUGUCCACGCGCCUAUCACCACGACUGCUAUAUUCCGCCAAUGAUUAAGUCGGUAUUACUUUCAAAGGUUCCACGCGGUAAAUGGUACUGUCAUGGCUGUAUCUCGAAAGCUCCACCGCCGAAGAAAAGGGGACCAAAGAAAGGUCAUAAGGAGAAAGGAGAAAAGAGUGAGAAGGGCGAAAAGAGCGAUAAAACGGAGAAAGCCGACAAGGCUGAUAAAAGCAGCAAUUCCACGUUGACUGCCACUCCGACAUUGAACUCUUCAGGGCAAGAAGAUGGUGCAUUAAGUCCCACUCACUCAGUUGCAUCGACAUCUUUCGAAGAGCAUUCAACUUCGGUCGAUUCAAAACCACCAUCCACAACUACGGCACAAACUGCACCAAUCAUUUCAGCAACCACAUCCGCCGACAUUGUCGAUGAAGAAAUGCCAAUCGCUGAUGAUGUUUCAGACAGUGCCGCACCAUCGAGUCCACCCCAUACAUCACAAACGGUGGCAUCAGUACAAAGUCCAGCAUCAUCUCCUCCACCAUCGUCGCCGCCGCCGCCACCACCACCACAAGCUGUUCAACCGACUACGGCACCAAUAACAACAGCAGCCGCAGCAAUGGAAGAGCUCAAUCAUACAGCUGCAUUACUGAACGAAGCCAAAGAAAAACUAAAAUUGGAGAAAAAGGAACGUCAUGCUGCCAAGAAGUUGAUUAAAGAGUUGGCCGCUUGCAAAACGAUGCUGGAGGCAAUGGAGUUGCACGAGGACUCAUGGCCAUUUUUAUUACCUGUAAAUACGAAACAAUUUCCCACUUAUAAGAAGAUAAUCAAAUCGCCGAUGGAUUUAUCGACCAUUAAAAAACGCAUACAGGAUUUGCAGUACAAAUCGCGUGAUGAUUUCAUAGCCGACGUUCGUUUAAUAUUUGACAACUGUGAAAUAUUCAACGAAGAUGAUUCACCAGUGGGAAAAGCUGGUCAUGGAAUGCGAAAAUUCUUCGAAGUUCGCUGGGCAGAGUUGACCGACAAACACUCAUGAUACAACAAUAUGAUGCAUUUCAAAUAUUUGAGUGAGUGAGGUGGAAAUUAUUUCGAAAAUAUUCUACGCGUUUGCCACAAUUAUUUUACCGUUUGAUUCAUUUGAAUCAAUUUUUAUUCAAUUUCUAAUUUUGAUUGGAUUUACUUAAUGAACUUUAUAACAAAUAAUUCCUAGAUAGCAACAUUCAUGUCCUGAUUAUUUAUGUGUUGGUCAAGAAUAAUUUUUCUGCAACCAAAUAAUACGAGACGUUUGCUUUAUUGAGUGAUUGAGUCACAGAACUCUCUACUUUUAUUUAAAUGAAUUAAAAACUUUGGUUUCAUACUCGAUUUGGUCAUUUCAUUAAAGCUGUACUCCUCUCCGUUAAAAACCAUGCCAAACGAUGUAAUUAUGAAAGCGUCUUUGAUGUAAAUAAAAGGUAAAAUGAACAUUGGAUGGGAAACAUGUUCCAUUGUGGAAGCGAUUUUUUUUAAAGAUAGGAGAAAACCAGGCCCAUUGGACAUGAUGAUCCAUUAACAGAAAUAUUAUUAAGUAUUAGCGAAAAUAGCUGUUUGAAACGGAUGUAUUUAAAGUGUUAAAAUUAGAAACCAAAAUAAUUUAAAGGAAAAACUAAAACUCUACAUUGAUGGAUGAUCAAUUGGAUGAUCAAUCGGCUAAUAUUUAAAUUAAAAAGAAAAAAAUAAAAUCGAUUUGAUAAUUCAAUCAUUCCAAUUCACAAUAAGCGGAUUUUUUUUUGAAAGAAAAGAAAUUGAAACUUAUCUAGAUCGGAAAGUAUUAUUUUACUGUAAAUAUGAACGAAAGUAUGGAGGAGAGACGCUGAAUAGGAUUGCAAAAUAUCUUCUUUUUUUUUAAAUGUGUUAUUAAACGAAGUAAAAAAUAAAUAAAAAAUGGAAAGGAAGUUAAGGAAGAAGAAGAAGAAAAAAUAUUGACAAAAAUAGACUGUUUAAUUAUAGUACACACACACACUCAUAACGAUAAUAAAUGUUUUCUAUGUAAAUAUAUUUUUAUUUAAAAUGGUAAUUGAUGAAACUAAACUGAAUGUUUAGUUUUAAAAAUAAUUAUUGAAAUUAAUGAAAAUGAAAAAAUAAUUAUAAAAAAUAAA